AAGCAGAAUCUGUUACAGGAUCGGGCCAAUCCAAUUCUGAUAAUAACAAGAUCCCCCUCCUAGGUCUGAUUUGAUUCGUCUCGAACCAACGAAACCUCGACGGAGAAAAGGGUAGAGGAAGCUCAUGGUGAAGCGGAAAUGCCCUGACUCAGGUCAUCUAUCACAUUCAAGAAUAAAGAGAAGGGAUACAGUGGAGAAACGCUUGAGAAGAGUGAGACGAAGAAAUCAUAUUAACAAAAGAAAUUUUCCAGAUAGCAGUUGCUCUUCCCCAGUCUCUGGUAGCACAAUUGGGUCAAGGAGCCACAAUAGUCAAUCAAGGUCACAUGAUACCCAAGUAACCAACUCAAAGAAUAAAGCAAACAGUAGGGAUUAUGAAGAUGGUAUUGUUGUCUCUAGAGUCACUGAAGAGACCCAAUCUCAUGGAAAUAAAAGUCGUCGGAGAUACAAAAGGAAUAGGAAGAAUAGAUCCUUGGGCACUGAGGCUUCCAAUUCAUGUUCUAGGAUUUCAGAUUUGGUUUCAGUCACCCAUGGAUGCGACAACACAGUAUCCUUGAGAAAUGGAUCAUCAUCAUCACCCAAAGUUGCAAAUAGAAAAGUACGGAGGAGUAGGUGGAGGAAAAGGAAACCUCGUGACUUCCAUCUCGCUGACGAAAUAAAAAGAGAUGUGCAUCCUGAAAGCAGUGUCAAAAAGAGUGAUUCCAAUAAGUGUUCUAAUCAGGCCACACCUAACAAAAUCAACAGAUCAUCUGAGAUGUCCGCUAGCUUAAGCAAGUUUGUAUUCGCCAAUUCUAGCCAAGGUGGGAAGGAUGAGGGAAGGCAAAGGAGCUUUGGCAGUGUUGAUUAUGGCAUUAAAUCAGCUGCUGCUACUGUGUCAGAUGCUAAUGUUUCUGAUAUAGUAUCUGCUUCAAAUGAUUUUAAUCCAACUACAGAUAUUGAAUGUGGCAUAGCUGCAGAUGUCAUUCCCAGUAGUGCAAUAGUGCAUACGAACAGGAGAUCAUUGAAUAAUUCUAGCACGGAUCAUUGUGAAUCUAUUUCUGUAGGAGCCCCUAGAUUACUUACUAUUGGCCUGAAAGAAGGGAUGAGUGUGCAUGGUCGACCAUAUCCAUAUGAAGACUCUGCUUGUUUCUCAUUCCAGAAAGAAAAUGAAGCUGUCCAUAAUGAAAUAUCAGCUAAACUUUGUGGGGAAGAGUGUAGGUUAGAUAUUAAAGAUGGAGUAGCUACUCAGGGAACUGAGGCUCUGAACUGUGAAAAUACUCACGCUGAUGCAUUGACUGGUCAGGAGAAAGAUGAUACUCCUUCUGAUGUGACCCAGAAUCAUGAUGAGAGUGUUAAUCUGGCAGUUAUUUUGACCACAGAAAAAUUGUUGAGCACAUCUAGGAAAAAGCUUCUUGUUCUCGAUCUGAAUGGAUUACUUGCUGACAUCGUUUUAUAUCGUCGGAGAACUCAAAAGUCAUAUACAAGAGUUGGAGAAAAUUUAGUUCUUAAAAGGCCCUUCUGUGAAGACUUUCUGAAGUUUUGUUUUGAAAGAUUUAAUGUUGGUGUUUGGUCCUCAAGAAAGAGAAAAAAUGUUGAUGUAGUGGUUGAUUAUCUCAUGAGAAAUUGGAAACAUAAACUAUUAUUUAUUUGGGACAAGUCAAAGUGCACAGAUACUGGGUAUAGAACCAUUGAGAAUAGGCAUAAGCCAUUGGUCCUGAAGGAACUAAAGAGAUUAUGGAACAAUGAGCAUGGUCUACCAUGGAAAAAGGGAGAGUACUCGCCUUCAAACACAUUGCUUGUGGACGAUUCUCCUUGCAAAGCCAUAUGCAACCCUCCACACAGUGCUAUUUUCCCACCGUCAUUUAACUCCAUGGAUAAAACUGACAAUUCCUUGGGGCCAGGAGGAGAUUUGCGUGUCUAUUUGGAGAGACUUGUAAUGACUGACAAUGUUCAAAUGUACAUUCAAGACCAUCCUUUUGGUCAAAGCGCAAUAACAGAGAGUGAUCCAUCAUGGGAGUUCUACCUUCGGAUUAUUAAGAAAUUUCAGAAACCUUCAUCUGUAACUACUUAAAGUGGAGGUCAAUUUGGCGGUCGCAUAUAAGUUGAUAUUGUGAUUUAUCUCUUUUCAUGUAAUCUGAAGACUGUAAGAGAUAUUUAGGCAUCAUUUUAUUAUAAUGGAAGGGGAGGUUAACCUUUUUUUGUAACAUACAGUUAUUGGAUAUUCUUUUUAGAAAACAUUAAACAUUCAACGUAGGAA